CGCCUUGUUGAAGGAGGCUUUUGUCUCUUUUUUUAAUUUUCGUAUUUCUUAUGUUUCUCGCUUUCUUCUGAUGCGAAUUUUGGUAGAACAAACCCAAUUCAUCAAUUUUAAAAUUUUUGCUUUUUAUUUGAUCUUUUCGGUAUAAAUAAAAGCGUGUUGCAAUUUCAUUCAGAAUAAUAUAUCAUAUUCAUAAUCAACAAUUUGUUGGGUCUUGCAAUUUGGGUUAUUGCUUUUGAAGGAAAUUUGAAGAGAGGUCUCAGCAAUGGCUAAGGAAUCUUCAAAUGGAGAUGUUUAUACCUCUAGAAAAGCCCCACCACCCCCUUCCCCUCUAAGAACUGCUAAGUUUUUUCAGGCUAAUAUGAGAAUUUUGGUUACCGGAGGAGCGGGAUUUAUUGGCUCUCAUCUAGUCGACAGAUUGAUGGAAAACGAAAAGAAUGAGGUUAUCGUUGCAGAUAACUAUUUUACUGGCUCAAAGGACAACCUUAGAAAAUGGAUCGGUCAUCCUAGAUUUGAGCUCAUACGACACGAUGUCACUGAACCGUUGCUGGUUGAGGUGGAUCAGAUAUACCAUCUGGCAUGCCCCGCCUCCCCGAUCUUCUACAAAUACAAUCCUGUUAAGACAACAAAGACAAAUGUGAUUGGCACAUUGAAUGUGUUGGGACUUGCUAAGAGAGUUGGAGCAAGGAUUUUGCUUACGUCGACUUCGGAGGUAUAUGGCGACCCCCUUGUUCAUCCCCAAGAUGAAAGCUAUUGGGGAAAUGUCAACCCAAUUGGUGUAAGAAGUUGCUAUGACGAAGGAAAGCGUGUGGCUGAAACGUUGAUGUUUGAUUACCACAGGCAGCAUGGGAUUGAGAUAAGAAUUGCUAGGAUUUUCAACACCUAUGGACCGAGAAUGAAUAUUGACGACGGUCGUGUUGUUAGCAAUUUCAUUGCUCAGGCAAUCCGUAGCGAACCAUUGACCGUUCAGGCACCUGGAACACAAACACGAAGUUUCUGUUAUGUUUCCGACAUGGUUGAGGGACUAAUCAGACUUAUGGAAGGAGAGAACACCGGCCCAAUCAACAUCGGGAAUCCAGGUGAAUUCACCAUGCUCGAGCUCGCCGAAACUGUCAAGGAGCUCAUCAAUCCGAAUGUCAAGAUUGUCAUGGUUGAGAACACCCCGGACGAUCCGAGACAGAGGAAGCCAGACAUUACAAAAGCAAAGGAGCUUCUUGGAUGGGAACCAAAGAUCAAGCUGAGAGAUGGACUGCCUCUGAUGGAGGAGGAUUUCAGGGCAAGGCUUCAAGUGCCAAGAUAGCAUAUUCUUAGGAAACAAACACCACUUCUUUUUUUUCUUUUCUUUUCUUUUUUUUUCUUUUGCCUUUUGCAUAAAAAUCUUUGCAGCUGCUUCCUGGUGAAUGGUCAUCAACGUGGUUGAGAGCUAAAUGAAGAUGUUUUUGACAUGAUGAGGAGUUUUUUAGUCUUUUACUAGCUUUGUUAAUAAAAUUAUUAUUUUCAAAUUUUAUGUUAUGGAGCUAAAUUCUUCAAGAGGGAAAGAAUAAAACAUUUUUCAUUAUGGAUUAUGGAUAAUGCUUGAUGAUAUAUAGAAAAUGAGGGUGUUUAUUU